AAUUAUGUUGGUGAUUUUGCAGAUCCAAUGCGUGGGCCACGAAAACUAGAGGUUGUGGAGAUCAAAUCUAGACAAAUCACUAUUUGCUGGGAACCGUUUGGAUAUAAUGUCACGCGUUGCCAUCGAUACAACCUCACAGUCCAUUACCGUUAUCAGGCUGGAGGACAAGAGCAAGUGAGAGAAGAAGUAAGCUGGGAUACAGAAAGUUCACAUCCCCAGCACACAAUUACUAAUCUUUCACCAUACACAAAUGUCAGCAUCAAAUUAGUACUAAUGAAUUCCGAAGGACGAAAAGAAAGCCAAGAACUUGUUGUACAAACUGAUGAAGAUGUCCCAAGUGCUGUGCCACUUGAAUCCAUGCAAGGGAGUACCUUUGAAGAGAAGAUUUUUCUUCAGUGGAGAGAACCAGCGCAAACGUAUGGUGUGAUUACUUUGUAUGAGAUCACCUACAAAGCAGUCAGUUCCUUUGACCCAGAAAUAGAUUUAUCCAAUCAAAGUGGACGAGUCUCAAAGCUAGGAAAUGAAACCCACUAUCUCUUUUUUGGACUGUAUCCUGGCACUACCUACUCUUUCACCAUCAGAGCCAGCACAGCUAAAGGCUUUGGACCUCCAAUCACAAAUCAGUUCACCACUAAAAUAUCAGCACCCUCUAUGCCAUCAUAUGAACUUGAAACACCUUUGAAUCAAACUGACAGCACUGUGACAGUCUUGCUGAAACCUGCACAGAGCAGAGGUGCUCCUGUCAGUGUCUAUCAAAUAGUUGUUGAAGAACGCCCAAGGAGGACCAAAAAGACAUCUGAAAUCCUGAAGUGCUACCCAGUGCCCAUUCAUUUCCAGAAUGCCUCGCUUCUGAAUUCCCAGUACUACUUUGCUGCAGAGUUUCCAGCCAAUGGUUUACGAGCUGCUCAGCCUUUUACUAUUGGUGAUAACAAAACAUAUAGUGGUUUCUGGAACACUCCUCUUCUUCCUCAUAAGAGCUACAGUAUCUAUUUUCAAGCUGCCAGCAGAGCCAAUGGGGAAACCAAAAUCGACUGCGUCAGAGUAGCCACAAAAGCUGCGAUAAUCGUGACUCAGCUUACAACACCAUACAUUCGCAUCGCCCCCGCUGCAGGCGACGACCAGCUAACAGGGGCUGCCACUCGAAAACCGGACCCGGAGCCUGAAAAGCAGACCGACCAUACUGUUAAAAUUGCAGGAGUCAUUGCAGGCAUCUUACUAUUCGUCAUUAUAUUUCUGGGCAUUGUGUUGGCAAUGAAGAAAAGAAGAAGCUAUCACUCCUACACUUAUUACCUAAAAUUGGCUAAAAAGCGGAAAGAGACAUUGAGUAGUACGCGGCAGGAAAUGACAGUGAUGGUGAAUUCAAUGGAUAAAAGCUACACUGAGCAAGGCACCAACUGUGAUGAAGCUUUCUCUUUCAUGGACACGCACAAUCUAAACGGGAGAUCUGUAUCUUCACCAUCUUCCUUUACAAUGAAAACUAACACAUUGAGCACAACAGUGCCUAAUUCUUAUUACCCAGAUCCAUUUGUGCCAACUGCAAUUUUAGUGCCAAUCAAUGAUGAAACCCACACGAUGGUCAGUGACACAAGCAGCCUGGUCCAAUCCCAUACCUACAAGAAGCGAGAUCCAGUGGAUGUGCCCUACCAGACCGGACAGCUUCAUCCAGCCAUUCGCGUAGCUGACUUGCUGCAGCACAUCACCCAAAUGAAGUGUGCAGAAGGCUAUGGAUUCAAAGAGGAGUAUGAAGUCCCUCUGGAUGGCAUUCCUUCCCUCCAGCGUGUUGACUGCACCAUACAGCUUGGUGUCACCAGGUGUGUGGAGGGUAUGCUCAAUCCCACUGUCUGUGUCAUUGACAAAG